UGUCCCCAAGGCAGGCGCAGCUCGUCUGCCACCGCUUGGGGGCGGGGGAGGCGGAGCUCUGUGCUGCAACAUGCAAUCCCGGCCGCCUGCAUUCGGGCCGGGUGGGGGCCGGGGGCCGGGCGCCGGGCUGAGGUCGGCCGGAGCCGGCGGGCUGCCUUCGAGUCAAGUCAGCGUCACCGUCGAACCUAACCACCUGGCCCUGUCUGUCAUGCUGGAGGUCGCCCUCAACCAGGUGGAUGUGUGGGGCGCGCAGGCCGGGCUGGUAGUGGCAGGGUACUACCAUGCCAAUGCAGCUUUGGACGACCAGAGCCCUGGGCCCUUGGCCUUGAAAAUCGCUGGGCGGAUUGCAGAAUUCUUCCCUGAUGCAGUACUUAUUAUGUUGGAUAAUCAGAAACUGGUGCCACAGCCUCACGUGCCCCCAGUUAUUGUCCUGGAGAGCCAUGGUCUCUGCUGGGUCCCCAAGGACAAGAACUUAGUGAUGUGGAGGGACUGGGAAGAGUCACGGCAGAUGGUGGGAGCAUUACUAGAGGGCCGGGCCCACCAGCACCUUGUGGACUUUGACUGCCACCUUGACGACAUCCGGGAGGAUUGGACCAACCAGAAGCUCAACGCCCAAAUCACCCAGUGGGUUGGUCCCACAAAUGGAAAUACCUGAGCCAGGGCCAGAGGGGAGGCUCAGGAUCCAAUAAAGAGACUUGGGCUGUU